AUGUCCAACAGUAAAACUAGCAAGGUUAGCUCACGAAUUGGUAAAACAUCAUCAAUCAAUCUGAGUCCAUCACAGAAAAUUAUCAGAGAGUUCAAGAAACGUGAAGUCAAGAAGUAUUGUUCUCCACCUAGUUAUCCAGACACAUCUAAUGAUGAUUCAACAGAAUGGCAGGUCUUAUACACUACUCAAUUAACACAAAAAGCCAAGAAAUUUCACGAUGGAAUCUUAAAAGUUUUAAUUUCUGUGUUGCGGGGGAGGCAGGCAAUUCUAUAUGAUGAAACAAGGACACAAUUAGAAAGCAGAUUCCUUAAAAAGGAGGAAACGAUUACAACUGGCGAGUCAAUGAAAUUCGAUGGUCAUAUAGUUGACAUUAUAGAACUCAAUGACCAUAAACCUCGCAAAGAUACAAAUGUUGAUGGAAGAAAUUGCUAUAAACAGAAUAUAAUGCCUUCCAAGAAUCAUAAUGAUCAUCUUGAUGAGUAUAAGUAUGUGGUGAUUGAGUUGUUGCAGACACUUACUCCAUAUAUGCAAUCAACGGCUGCAGAGGGUAUUGUUAGAAUUGUAGAUUCAGAAUGUAGUAGAAAAACAUCACGUGAGCAAGAAAAAGAAAACUUCUCAAUGGAGCUACGGAAUACUGCUUUCAUGGAUGCUUGUGAAAGGAUUUGUCCUGUUCGAGCUGCUGGACAUGAUUGUGGUUGCUUGCCUGUGCUUUCUAGAUUGGUAAUGGAAGAGUGCAUGGUGAGAUUAGAUGUGCAAGUUGACAUAACAGGAUUACAGAAUUACCGAGAAGUCAUGAAACGUGAUAUAACAGUAUAUUAG